UUGGGCAACCUGGUAGUAUCCCAGCCCUCGUGCUUCCCUUUGGUGGCAUGGCAGCUACGCACUGAAAGCGUGCUACAGCUGAACGAUUUUGCUGUUCAAACACAAGGCCAUUUCCCAAACCCAAGAAUGAUGACACCAAAAUAUAGAAAACUUGGCACCUUGCGUCCAAAUUCAGCAUCUUGUUUCCCACAAAAAGUGAAAUGCACGGACAAUAAUGAGCAUGGUAGCUACAGUACUGUGGCGCACCGUGAUGAGGUUCGAGCUAGGGAGACGAGGCAUCGCGGGACCAUAACAACAACCAUGAUGAGUUUGGUUCUUAGAAAAACCCAGCUGAUGAUGAAACGAAUUCCGACAAAAUCCGUAUGCAAACUGAAAUGUCUGGAAACAAAGAAAAACCCAGCUGAUGAUGAAACGAAUUCCGACAAAAUCCGCAUGCAAACUGAAAUGUUUGGAAACAAACGGCAGGUAAUUCAAACGGAGGUCUCACAUGUUGUUGAUUGGCCGAUUGGCUAUCAAGACCAGAGGCUGAAGAUGAGGCCCCCAGGAUCA